ACUCGAGAGUCUGUCUACUCCCUUCGUGUUUACAAUGGCAGAAAACAACGCUCAUGGUCACUUCGUCAAGCCGUACCAUCUUGAGCCUCGGAUCGCCGACUAUGUGGCCAACCACAGCGCUCGGCUGAACCCGGUUUUGACAAAACUUUGCCAAACGACACAGAAGUUGCCUACUGCUGAGAAGAUGAGCGAUACGUCUGAGUUGCAACUCUUCCAGAUCCUACUCAAGGCUACGAGGGCCAGAUAUUAUUUGGAAAUAGGCGUAUAUACAGGCGUGAGCGCAUUAGCCGCUGCCCUCGCACUUCCACCAGAUGGGCGCGUCAUUGGGUUGGAGACUGACGAGGAAACCGUCAACAUUGGGAGACCGUUCUGGAAAGAGGCUGGGGUCGACGGCAAGAUUGACAUCAUGAUUGGUGACGCCAAAAAGUCUCUUGAUGAUCUGAUCGCUCAAGGCAAAUCCAACUUUUUCGACUUCAUAUUCAUCGACGCUGACAAGGUGUCGUACGACGAGUACUACGAGAAGAGCCUGCAGCUCGUCAAGCGCCGUGGCAUCAUCGCUGUCGACAAUGUCCUGUGGCAAUCGAGAGUGUUCGACCCGGCCUUCGACGACCCGGCCACAGAUUGCGUGCGACGGCUCAACCGCAAGCUGGCGUCCGAUGACCGCGUCGAGAUGUGCAUGCUCACCCUGAGCGACGGCGUCACUUUGGCCUUCAAGAAGUGAACGUGCGACUUCGCUGCCGAUUCGUACAGUACUUGCUCGGCCUUCGGCAACUGUUAUCCACUGGUGUUUGUUUAAGCACGAAAGAAAAAAAGCUCUAUAAAUGUAUCUAAUAACUUCACGAAGAGUUCUCGCAACAGCUUCUCAUCUUUUCCUGCUAUA